GUUCGCGGCAUUGGUUGUUCAAGGUAAUUCGCAGGCGUUGGUUUACUUUGCGAAACCUCGGAUAUGAGUCGUUGAUAUUAUAAUGACGAUACAUUGAUAAUAUCCAAUGUUAUGCUCUCUCUCUCCCUUUUGCCUUUCCAUCUAUCUUCCAACUUUUAAAGUAGAAAAUAUUGAACAGUUCGUUUCAUUACUUCCUUACUUUCUUUGUUUAUCUAUAAAGAAAUGAAUUUUUGUCUUCUCAUUUAUUUAUCCUUCUGGUUACAUUCCACCUAUUGUCUAGCUCAGGAUGAACAGAAUUUGUUCUAUCAGUUAUACAAUUUAUUUACUGGUAAUCAAACAUUAACUAAUAUUAUACCAUCCAGUUGGUUAGAUUAUCUUAUUAGUUUGCCUGGAUCUGGAUAUUUCAUCGCAUUUGUUUAUUGGUUACGUCAUCCACUUCUUUUAUGUUUUCUACUUCCAUUUUUAUUAAUCUUUUUUAUUUAUUUCACUGUCAUUUUACUUCAUUUAUACCAUUUACGUUUUUGGUUACGUCGUCAUUUAAAUCGUUUAUUGUCCAAGUUCAGACAGUCGUCAACUUCACCAUCAAUAUCUAUAUCAUCUACUAGUCACAUAUAUUUAGAUUCACUAGCAGAAUUAUUACGUCGUAUUGUUGCUGCUGUAUGGGAUGCCCAUGGACGUAUAUUUCACGGUUAUGAAGUAAUUGGUAUGGAGAAAUUACCACCAAAUGGACCAGCUUAUCUAGUUUAUUAUCAUGGAACAUGUCCAUUUGAUGCAUAUUAUUUUACAUCGAGAUAUUGUAUUGAAAGAGAUAGAUUUCCUGUUCCUGUUGUAGACAGAUUUUUAUUUCGUGUACCUGGACUUGGACGUUUAUUAGAAACAGUCGGUGCAAUUAAAGGUUCUGUUGAUGAAUGUGUCGCUCAUCUGCAACCAGGUCAUAUUCUCAAAAAUGGUAAAGUUUCACAAGGUGAUGUAUUAUUAAUCUCUCCCGGUGGCGUUAGAGAAGCUUUAUUCUCUGAUGAAUUUUAUACAGUUAUGUGGGAGAAUCGUCGAGGUUUUGCACGUAUUUCUUUAUUAUCUGGACAACCUAUUUAUCCAAUGUUUACAGAAAAUAUUCGUGAAACCAUAAGAAUUGUACAAUUUGGCAAAGGUUGGUGGCGUAGCUUAUAUGAAAGAACACGAUUACCGUUAGCCAUAUUUUAUGGUUAUUUUCCUGUUAAACUUAGAACCUAUAUUGGUGAUCCGAUUUAUCCAUUGCCAAAUGAAACAUCUGAUGAAUUAGCUAGUCGAGUUCGUAUAUCCAUUGAAGAACUUAUCAGUAGGCAUCAGUUAAUACCGGCAAAUCUUUUUUGUGCUAUUAUGCAACGAUUCCCUGUAUUCGAUCGUUGGUUAACAAAAUAUAAACUUAAACUAUUUUAUCAUUAUCAUCAGCAUCAAAGACAAACAUGAAUAUCAGUUCAAAACUUUGUCCGACAAAUUUCUUUUUGUUCUACCUUUGAUUUCAAACAAAAUUGAUUCAAUGUACAAAUAAAAUUUUGGUAUUCAGGU